AUGCCAAAGUCGACGUCAUCUGAGGCGUCGUCCAUCGACUCCGACGACUACAAGAAGAAGAAGAAGGGUUCGGACGACGGCGAGAAAGAGUACGACAGCGAUGGCAACGAGUUGUAUGUCGUGGAGGAGAUCCGCGACAAGAAGAAGAUGUUUGACCACAAGACGCGUCGGGAGGUGUGGUUCUAUCACCUGAAGUGGAAGGGCUAUAGCGAGCGGGAGAUGACUUGGGAGCCCCGGGAGAACAUGGAUUGUCCCGAUCUGUUGAACGCCUUCGAGAAGCGCUGGCAGGAGAAGAAGGAGAGACAUAAGCAGAGGGCGAGGGAUGAGGAGAAACGGAGGGCUGAUAAGCACCUGAAGAGAGACAAAGACCGGCACUCGUCGGCCCAUAAGUCGUUUGACUCGGAUUACGACAAAGAGCUAAACAAACCGUCGGCGAGUGGCCUCUCGAAGGAUGACAUCAAGCGCUCCGAAAAGAAGGGGAAGAAGCGUUCGUACGAUUCGGGCAGCGAUUCAGAUGACGACAGGCGUAAGAAACAGAAACCGGCGCCGAAGAGCGCGAAGAAGAAGCCGAAAGACUCGGACUUCGAUUCGGAUGACGAUAAGAAGCGCAAGAAGAAGAAGGAGGAGAAGAAGCCCAAGAAGAAGGACAGCUCCGACUCAGACUCGGAGUCGGACUCGAGAAAGAAGUCCAAAAAGCCUGAAGAAGACGAGGAGACGAAGAAGAUUAUGUCGAGACCGGGGCCUAAGAGAGCCAAAGAGGCGCGCCUUCAGAAGCUGAAAGAGUCGGCACAGAAGCCGAAACCCAAACCCGAUUCGGAAGACGAGAGCAAAGACUCGGAUUCAAAGGCAAUGAAAAAGAAGUUGAAAGACGACUCCGAUUCAGAUAAUGAAAGCAAGUCUAAGGCGAAGGACAAGGGAUCCGAUUCUGACGUUGAGGUCAAGAAGAUUAUGUCGAAACCGGGACCAAAGCGCGCGAAAGAGGCGAGGCUUCAGAAACUAAAGCAGUCGUCGUUUGACGAGAAAGAGAAGGAGAAGACCAAAGAGAAGCCAAAAGAUGUCGAUUCGGACGACGAGUUCAAGAGUAAGAAGAGGAAGGAAUACGAAUCGGAUCUCUCGGACGACGAGAAGACAUCGAAAGUGUCUAAAAGUAAAGAUGAGGACAAAGAGGACGUCGAAGAGAUUGACGAGACGGUGAAGAAGAUUAUGUCUAAACCGGGACCCAAAAGAGCCAAAGAGGCGAGACUUGAGAAACUGAAGGCAACGCCAAAGACAACGACUCCAUCGAAAGAUGACGUCGAUCCCGAAGACAAUGACUCGAAUGAAUCAAAUGACAAGAAGUCGUCCUCUUCUUGGAAUACAACGGAUUCUAAUGAAGACAAGAGAAAAGAAGACAAAACGAAGACUAAGGAUAAGGAUAAAGAAGAAGAAGACGACGAGAAGGAGGACAAGAAGUCAGAAAGCAGUGCUAAUAAGUCAUUGAGUGAUAGGCUAACCAAAGCAGUGAUAAAACCGGGACCGAAGAGUCGAAAAGAGGCUCAGAUGGCGAAACUGAACCAAAGCUCGAGUGAAGCGAAUGACAAGAAAAGUGACGACAAGUCAGACAAAUCAGACGACGAAAGCGAGUCCAAGAAGUCGAAGGACUCGUCGGAAAGUGUGAGCAAAAGUCCGUCGAAGACUAAUAUCGAUGAGCAGCGGAAGACUAUCCUCUCGAGACCGGGUCCCAAACGGGCCAAAGAGGCGCGUCUCAAGCAGUUGAAUGACUCGCUCCAGAAUAGUGUGGCGGAAGUGGACAGCAAUUCCAGUGUCUCUAACGAUGAACCCAAACGAACCAAUGGCAUGGAUAAGAGGGCCAACAGUACGGACUCGUUGGACGCCAUCAUCGGUACGCCGGCGCCCGAAGAGGAGUCGCUGGAAAUGGAGCAGCAAUUGGUGGCCGAGAUUGAGUCGCCCAAAGAGCCGCUCACGAACGGCACGAACAACACCAACAGCGACGACAGUCCGAGACCGGCGCCCGACUCGGAGACCUCACUCAGCGAGGAGCUGACGGCCGGUCUCUCGCGAAUCGGUAAUACCGUUGACGUCGAGAGUCGUAAGUAUUUGCCGGAGAUUUCUAACGCACUGUCUGUUCGCGCGGGCGAUAUAGAGAUGAGAAAAGCGGGUCAUAUCGACAAACGAGUGGUGAUUAAGCCGUUCAGAACCGACAGGAAAGUCGAUAAAAUUAUAUCCGUUUUUUACUGCAACGAAAAGAAGUUGUGUUUUUUGGUCAAGUAUUUGGCGAACAAUAAGUGCGAAAUAGUCCUCUCGGAUGAUGUCAGUCAACAUAAUCCAAGACUUGUCAUAGAUUUCUAUCAAUCACACCUUCACUUCACAUGAAAACUAUGAACACAUCUGAAGAUAUGAUUCACUCAUUACUCGAUUCAAUCGAUCUCUCACUACCGGUACAAGACAUCUGUUAUUAUGAAUGAAUGCAUUGUUUUGUUAUCGACGCCUAUCAUAAAUAAUACCAUUUGUAUAACUACUCAAUCCACACAUUAAUUGAAUAAUCAUUUUAUUGUAAAUUAAUUUCAAUG